AUGAUUUUCUUUACCGAGGCACGAACUCGAAGUCAUGGAUCAAGGAAACACCGCUCAAUGCCGAUUUUCCCAUAUCGAAACGAGAAAUCGGCGUCGAGUUGUGGCCCAAGAGAACAUCAUGUGAAAUGUGGACCCGAGAAACAUUGUGAGAAAAGUUGCGAGAAUUUGUACAGCCCUCCAAACUGUGAACAUGAUAUGACAAAUCCGAAAUGUUAUUUCCCUCGUUGUCUUUGCAAUGAUGGCUUUGUGAGAGAUGAGAAUGGGAGAUGCAUUCGACCAAGCAAAUGCUCGAACAACGUCGUCGAACAAACGGAAAUCGAUGGCGGUGACGUGGAAUUUCGCUCACUCCGUCACUCGCAUUUGAGAGCUCGACGAAGGAAUCACAAGAAAAGACAGAAUAAUUAUUUCUGG